AUGGAGUCGCCUUUGAGUGAAGAGGAAAGCCCUAGGAAACGGCUUGUAAGUCUUUGCAAUUGGCAACAGAAAUUUUUGGCGCAACGACUUUUGGGGUCAACGAUCCUAUGCAUCGCCUCGGUUCUCCGUUAUAUGCAUGCGGUGGCUAGCAGAAGGCUUAGUUAGUAGAAAUAAUAAGGUUGAUCGAGUCCUGAGAUACCUUAUCACCUACUGUAAGGCAUUUUACAUGCACUCACAUCAAUAAUAUCUAGAUAAAUGUUACGGAUCUUCGGUUUUUGCCGCAAAUUUUGGUCUUUUAUAUAUUACAAUAACUUAGGGUAUAGAAAACUAGCGUUAUUAAUAAUAGCUAACGGCUGUACAGUGGGGGACCUGAUCCAGUGGCAAAAAACGUACCAUUUUGUAUCCGGGAAGCAUCAAAAAUGCAGCAAAAUACCUCCCUCUCCAAGUGAAAAAACUCCGAUUUCAAAAGCCCGCCCGCUCUUUUUUGUGUGUGAGCCCUUCAAAACGCGGUUUUUUUAGUUGGAGUGGGAGGCAUUUUGCCACAUUUUUGAUACUUCCCGGAUGCAAAAUGUUACGUUUUUUGUCACUGGAUCAGGUCCCUCACUGUAUGUCCAUUUCAGCAAGGGCCUGCAACCGAAAACGUAUUCGUAAUUGUGGUCUACUUGUUUUAUGCAUUGAAACAACAGCAACGAUUCCAACGAGGACAUGCUAAAAACCGACCCGUAAGAGAAUGAGCAUGAAAUGGGCCUGAAGUCCGCCAGGGAUGAAAAAGAGCCAGUCAUGCCAAAGAAUCGCGUAAAUGGAAGGUAAGAGCCAUGAAUUUUAAAAAUCAUACAAAUCUUGGAUUCUUCUUCUUCAAUUUAAUAGUCUAAAGUCGAUUAUCGAAGAAUUUCACCCCUUUUUCAACUUUGAUCUCAUGGAUAAUAUCAGAAAUGCUCGAUUUCAGGCCAAACUUACCCUUCUUUACAUGGGAUCGAAAGGUCGCAGCGGGCUACAGCUACGUCACGGCCGUAAGCUCCGUUUUUGACGCAAACGAAACUCUCCGUCCAUUAUCGGCGACAGAAUUGCCAGCUCACGUGACGUAG